GGCGGGGAGGCGGCCGCUGUGCGCAGGCGCGUCCACGCCGCGCGCCCGCUCGGCAGUCAUGGGUCUCCCGGUGCACGUCGUUUACUGCGGAGCUUGAGGCUACAAGUCCAAGUAUCUUCAACUCAAGAAGAAGUUAGAAGAUGAGUUCCCCGGGUGCCUGGACAUCUGUGGCGAGGGGACUCCUCAGGCCACUGGGUUCUUUGAAGUGAUGGUAGCAGGGAAGUUGGUUCACUCCAAGAAGAGAGGCGAUGGCUACGUGGACACAGAGAGCAAGUUUCUGAAGCUGGUGGCCGCCAUCAAAGCUGCCUUGGCUCGGGCCUAAUGUGGCCUGAAGGCAGAGACCAGCGACCUUGACCCCGCCCCUCUCGGCAGACGCUUCUUGACAGGAAGG